AAAGAUUUUCCUGUCAACAUUCCUCCGGUAACAGUAAAAUCCUGUAAAAUCAAUUGAAAAUUCGCAGUAAAAUCCCCAUUUUUGGAAGUGCCAAUCAACUGAGAGGAGAAGAGAAAAACCAACGACAUGGUCAGUGGCAUAAACAUCGGGGAUGCACGCGCCGCAAAAACCGUGCUGACGAUACCCACGGAUGAGAUCAAUCAGAAGCCUGUGCCCUCGUGGGUGGAAUGGGUCGAAAGGAACUCGAAGCCCCUGGUGCGGAAACGGCACAGGGAGGAGCGGAUUCUGACCAAGUGGCAAAAGAAGGGGCCCAUGAAGAAGAAGGACUGGAAGAAGUUCUACCACUGGGCGACGACGAAGGCCGCACCCCAGGAGCGCACAUUCAAGGAGGCGGAGAAUCUUUACCAGGCCGGCGGCGGCAAGGCCGGAGGGAGUAUGGAUUGGAUGGAUUUGGACGAGAAGCUCGUGGAACUGGCAAAGCCUCGAAUUGUUAACAAGAAGCACCAGUUCCACGACGACGACUCGCCCUAUAACCCGGUCAUUACAGUGGGGCAGCCGCCCCAUCGUGACAGGGGACGUCCCUUCCAGCCUCCCUCCGUGCCCUGCUGCUUCCAGCACAACGAAGUCGAGGCCGAGUUCUGGUCCCAGCUCCGUUUCCCCGUUCGCAAGGAAGCUCUCAAGGGCCAAGCCUCUCCGCGCAUCAUCGAUCUGGCCAGGCCCCGCACCCUGCCACCAACUCCGCAUUGCCCGAUUCCGCCGAAAACCCCGCGCCCGCUGGAUGUGCCGCCACCAAAGCGGAAAAAGUUCACGCCCCAAGGCUGGCGCCUCCACCAGAUACGCCUGACCUAUCUGUCCCAACCCAUGAACAGGGGGCACUACGAAUACUUCUAUCUGUGAGCAGAGGCGUUCCCCCUUUCCUUAGUUUGCAUUGGAUUAAAUUUGUAUUUUUAAUUGUUUUAA